AUGGAUAUAUUUGAAAAGUUUGAUCUCGUGGAAGACAGAACCCUCGGCUAUGGUCAUUGUGGCCGAGUGGUACUGGCGUAUUCCAAGAAAAACAAAGCUAAACAGUGGGCAGUCAAAUUAUUUGAUGACCAGAGUGACCAGGGUGAGAAAGAAAAGUUGAAGCAUCUAUUUACCAAGGAAGUGAAGAUCAGACAGAAGUUAAAUCACCCACUGAUCGCCAGCUCGUGCGUGGCUUUGAAAUACGACACACACUUUGCCAUCUGCAGGCAGUUUUAUCCAAACGGCUGCUUGAAGGAAAAGAUCAAGUCGGUGACUGAGGAGGAGGCCGAGCGGUACCUCAGCAACAUCUCGUCGGCCUUGCACUACAUGCACCUCAAGCGCAUCUGUCACAUGGACAUCAAGCCAGCCAACAUCUUGAUCAACUCCUACAAUGAGGCUGUGCUGACUGAUUUCGAUUUGUCUAUGGAGAUUCCCCCAAACGUUCAGAAAUGGAACAGUUAUGGCGGAACUUUGGCGUAUCUGGCACCGGAAGUGAGCAACCCACAUGGCUGCGACCCGUUCAAGGUGAGUUUUACUAGUUUCUACAUAGCUUAG